CUUGUUCAGUGCCUAGAUUUCCAUUUCACACCCUAUAUCUUCCGGUUAGACGUAGUCCUACGUCAAAAAACACUCGUGUUCAACCAUCUUUCCAGCUACCGGCGAUAUUACAACAAUCACAAUAACUAAGCCGGGAUGACAGCCAUGUUUUUUCUCACUUCCGCGUAUUUGUUUUUCCGAUUUUUUCUUGCGAUUUCGCUCCACACCACGCUAAAAUAAUCGGCCAAACGGUUAAUUACCCGCGACGAACACAAGUAGCCGUACUGCAAAAAAUUCCAGCUCCUGGCAGGAUCGCCAAUGUGUGAUUUUAGCCACCAAAAGUCCAGCCAUUUCGGAGAUGUUUUAUCCUUUGUCCGCAGAGCACACGGCUUGCCUUUACCGCUGCCAGAAUCCCGAGCGAGACGAGAUCUCGUGCUGCGUAAUUAGGUUGGGCGAUGCAGGGUUGGAGCAAACCUUAUAGCCGGCGAAAUAUGAGCGGCAGGGCUGCAUCGCAUAGGCACGGUAUGUAUAAAAGGGACAACGCAACUCAUUGCAAGUGAAAUACAUUGGAUGUAAUAGGAGGAUCACAUUCACGUCCCACACACCUGGGAGGACUCGGUGUACCAGAAUCCGUGCUUGGUAUGAACUGGACCCCUUCAGAUGACAGCUUCUCUUACAACUUCACGCUACGAGAUGAUCUGCGUGGAAUUCUGAAUGAUGCUCACGUACCCACUAAACGAGAAGUCCUCAAAGUCGUAAUGAGUCUUUUCGACCCACUCGGGCUUAUUUCGCACUCCCUGGUCCACGGGAAAGUAAUCAUUCAAGGGACGUGGGCUGCAGGGACGGGUUGGGAUGUACCAAUUAGCGAGAGUCUUUUCCAAAAAUGGCGACAAUGGGUGGCCCUAUUUCCAGAACUUGGUAAACUGAAGAUUCCUCGUUGUUAUUUCUCACCAUUUCCGGCAAAUUUCCACGAUAUGCAUGUUCAUUGCUUCGUGGAUGCAAGUGAUGUCGCCUACUCGUGUGCUGUAUACUUCCGGCUAGUGCAUAACGACAGCGUUCAGGUGGUACUUGUUGGAGCCAAGAGUAAAGUAGCGCCCUUGAAGACAUUGUCUACUCCAAGGCUUGAGCUUAAAGCUGCCGUUCUGGGAGUACGCUUUCUGGCGGCUAUUCUCGAAUAUCACACGUUAUCUGUAUCUCAGCGAUUCUUCUGGAGCGACUCUACUACGGUGUUGGCAUGGAUCCGAUCGGAUCACCGAAGAUUUCACAAGUUUGUGUCAGUGCGAGUUGGAGAAAUACUAACCUUGAGUGAUCCGCAAGAAUGGAGAUGGGUGAAGUCUAAGCUUAAUGUGUCUGAUGACGCCACAAAGUGGAAGAAAGGUCCAACUCUUGAAUCGAACUGUCCUUGGUUCGAAGGACCAGACUUUCUACGCGACAUCGAGGAAUCAUGGCCUAAACAAUCAAUCGUGACUACGACCCACGAAGAAGUUCGAAGCGUUCAGGUACACUGCAAUCCCGAACCCCUCAUCGAUUAUUCCAGGUUCAGCCACUGGUCAAAACUCCAACGGACGACAACGUAUGUCAUUCGCUUCAUCGAUGGAUUAUGUCGGAGUAAUGUUGGACGGAGUCUGCAGAAGGGGAUUCUUACUCAAGCCGAACUCUCGCGUGCAGAGAUUGUGCUGUGGAAACUGGCACAGAUGGAAUCUUUUCCAGAAGAGAGAACCAUACUCGAGAAAACAAAGGGCUUCCCGGAAGCAAAGCAUUCUGUCGCCUAAAAUCCAGUCCUAAAUCCAGCUGUAUCUACAAAACGUGGCCGUUUAUGGACGGGCAAGGUAUCCUGCGGAUGCGAGGUCGCGCUUCAACAGCAUGGUUCUUAUCAUUCGAAGCAAAAUACCCUGUUUUACUUCCCAAGCAACACAUGGUGACAAUUUUGAUCACGAAUUGGUAUCAUCAUUGGUAUCAGAGUCGUUAACCCCCAACCACUUCCUGCUGAGCAGUUCAACGGGCAAUAAAAUCCAUCCAACAGUCGACGUGGAUGUUCAUGCUACACUCCGUAGCAGUUGGAAGAUGGCACAGCAUAUCGGCACCGUAUUUUGGAACAGGUGGAUAAAAGAAUAUCUUCCGGUCAUAACACGUCGUUGCAAAUGGUUCGACGAGGUCAAGGAGUUGCAGCCGGGUGAUCUUGUGCUUGUCCUGAACGGUACAGGCCGUAACCAAUGGAUCAGAGGACGGAUAGAGGAAACCAUCAACGGCCGUGAUGGAAGAGUCCGCCAGGCACUAGUGCGGACAGCUAACGGCGUCCUUUGGCGACCUGCAAUCAAGCUGGCGGUGUUGGACGUCAGAGAGGUAUGUGAACCUCUAGAAACUACCGGAGAUCCAGAACAUCACUAGGUUUAAGGGCGGGGGUAUGUGACGACAACACCCCUCGUCGCAGCAACGCCGUAAUGAACUCGGGUGCGUACUGUCAUGCGUGACAGAAAGAAACGUCAAACAGGCGGAACAAUAGGGGCAAAAGAGCAUUGUGGCUUAUCAUUGUGCUGACUUUCAUUUUGGUUCUCCUCGAUAACUUAGAGUUUCAUUGUUUACCUCAAAUUUACCUUAAAUUAUAUCCUAAAAUUACCUGUUUUGCUAAAAUUAUUGGAUUGGGCACACUCAAAACGUGGACAGUUAGGAUUCUUCCAUUCCAAACCUAUAUGUACACUAAAAUUCUUGAAGCAUAAACCAACAGAAAAACUGCGUUUUUCUUGCUGUCGAGAUUAGUGUUACAAUAACUCCUCCCCCCAACAGCCAAUGUUGGACGUUUCUGGUCAAUCGCUAGCUUCAAACUGUCCAUCUGUUGACAGUAGAGAUCUGAAUUAAGUGUAUUGCACUAAAAAAAAAUUAAAAAUAAAUUUCAGAAAAAACAAAAAUUUAGAAAAAAAUAGAAUAAAAAAAUUAAAUGAAAAAUCAACGGAACUGUAUGUUUAUGCCAUCCAUAGCCAACCAUAAUCAGCAGAAUGAGCGGAAUGUGCGAAAAGCAAAGCGAAGCCUGCGAAUCGACAACAUGCAACAUCAGCUACCGGACGGCAUUAUUUCAUUUAAUUUAAUUUAGCUAGGGAACAUAAGUUUUUAUC